GCCCAAUAUCACACCGCCUGCAGCUGAGUUGGGUUGGAUGCAGAAUGCUUACAUGGUGAGAGAUUUUCCGGCACUUCCUGUUUUAUUUAGUUCCAAGCUUCUCCUUCGCUUGCUUUUCGCGUACGAUCCGUCAAACAAGAGCCAUCAGAAUCCAGCCAUUUAAACCAUCAAGUCCUCUUCCGUGGAGGGAUGGCGGACACGGUCAGCAACUUGUUCGCGGACACGAUCAGCGCCGUCGAAGCCGCGGCAAACUACUACAGCUCUGUUAAUAAUGACAAAAGCCUCCGAGAGGCCUUCCACGAAGCGGGCCGAGGCCAAGGUCUUGUUCGGCAGGCUCUCCAGGCUGCCAACUUGAACCUUGGCGGCCGCAAGCCAACCGAAAAGACCGCAGUGUUAGUUGAGGCGUGCCGCACCAAGGCGAAGCUGUCUGAGGGCAUUUUCAAGGAGGCCGCUCAAGCGCCGGAGGGCUCGGGGUUUGACCGUUACAAAGCGGCUGUGGAACAGAACAAGGGAAGCACGGUGGAAGUCCUGACUGUGGGGAUGAUGAAGGGAAUAUGUGAACUAGCCGAGGACGAUGCGAUGAAGGCAGCGAUGGAAACCUUGGUUAUGGAAUUGCGCGACGCGGUGGCCAAGCUGUCAAAGAUGGAGCCAUCAAUGCCAACGGAGGAAGCGGGCCAUAACUUCACCAACUUCACCAACCGGGGCCGCGACCAAAUCAAUGCUCCUAGCGGUACCGUAAAUCGCAGUGAAGGCGCCGGCAAUCACUUUCCCGGGGCUACUUUCUCUGGGUCUGUGAGUUUUGGCAACUAACCUGGGAAAACGGUUGUUAUGGCACGUAGCCCUGGCAGGGCUUGUUUCCAGGCAGGCCCAUUUAUACACUGUUACCUCAACAAUUGCCUUACCUAAAGCAAUCGAUCCGGACAGGUGCAACGCACAAUCUUUCCUUUUUGUUCCUUAAUCAGGUAGCUAGCCAAUUCAACCAGGAGGGUUGUUGCAGCCCGCCCUCUUCGCCCUCGUUGGUGCCGUGACAGGGUUCGAAGGAUGCGGUCGCGGCCCCUCCAUCUUGUGGGGCAACUGCGG